AUGGUGGCCAAAAGAAAGAGAGUUGAGAUCGUGGAGGCGACUCCCGCAUCCAAGGCAGCGCCCUCGAAGAAGACCAAGGCAAACACCAAUGGCUCUGCUUCCAGACCGUCGAAAGCGUCUAAGGCGUCCAAUGCGAAGGAGACAACAACUCUGACGGGCCCCGCCGAAGAGGUGACGAUACAGAUUGUCACCGGCUCCUACGACCGAGUCCUCCAUGGUAUCACAGCGACGAUCAAGCCAGAGGGCAAGGUCGAGUUCGCCGACACUUUCCUGUUCUCUGCGCACACCUCGGCCAUCCGCUGCAUCGCCCUGUCGCCUCUCUCGGCACCUAUUCCCGGCCAAGGCCAGAAGGUCUUGCUGGCAUCUGGCAGCACCGACGAGCGCAUCAACCUCUACAACCUUUCAGCGCAUCCCCCGAACCGCAAGAACCAAGACGCCCUUUCUGCCGUCGCCGCUCGCCCGAUUCUCGAGAACCCCAAGAACCGAGAGCUGGGAACGUUACUACACCACUCGUCGAGCAUCACCAAGCUCGCAUUCCCUACCCGAUCGAAGCUGCUCUCCUCGAGCGAGGAUUCCACAAUCGCCGUCGCCAGAACGAGGGAUUGGUCCGUCUUGUCGACUAUCAAGGCACCGAUAGCCCAGGCCUCGGGCAGACCCAGCGGUGACACUGCGCCCUUUGGCGGCGCGCCAUCCGGUGUCAACGACUUCGCCAUUCACCCCAGCAUGAAGUUGAUGAUCAGCGUCAGCAAAGGCGAGCGGUGUAUGCGACUGUGGAAUCUUGUCACUGGCAAGAAGGCCGGUGUUCUGAACUUCAGUCGCAAAAUGUUGCAGGAGGUAGGAGAAGGUAGACACUCGACGGGAGAGGGACGGAGAGUAGUUUGGGGAAAAACAGAUGAUGAGGAUGAAUUCGCGGUUGGAUUCGACCGGGACGUUAUCGUCUUUGGCAUGGACAGUGUUCCCAGAUGCCGUAUCAUGCCCGACGCAAAGACAAAGAUUCACGACCUAUCCUACGUCACCAUUGACGGCGAAUCCGAAUCGAGUCUAUUGACGGUGUGCACCGAGGAUGGACGGGUCUUGUUCUUCUCUACCAAGGCAGACGACCUGACGAAGCCUGACUCAGAAGACAAGACUCUGUCGAGCGCCAAGUUGGUCGCUCAGAUCGGAGGCAAGGAAGAUGGUGUUGUUGGCCGCAUCAAAGACACGGCUAUUCUGCAAGUCCAGGAGGGCGGUUCCACGGCACUGCUGGUGGUUGCUGGCAGCAGUGAUGGCAAGUUGCGGGUAUGGAAGAUUGGCGCAAAGGAGCUCACCGCCGGCAAGGGUGAGAAGGCUGGCAAGUUGCUAGGAACCUAUGGCACCAAUAACCGCAUCACGUGCGUAGCGGCAUUCACGAUGAUUCCUCGGCCAGAGGGAGUGGAGGAGAGCGAGGACGAGGUGGAUGAGGACUCUGAUGAGUCUGAGGAUGACGACGAUGAAGAGUAA